GGCGGAGCCGGUGACGUCAGUGUUGAGCUCCUGUAAGCUCCUGUGGAGGUCGCAUUGCCUGUGAUAGAAGGGAGUGUGAUGUUGGUGUUGUGAGUCCUGAGUUCAUGGCUCACCGCUGCCUGCAGCUGUCUGGGCUCUGCCGGCCACUGAGCGGCGCCUUCCUCCCUCGAGUGUCUCGGCGACCCGGGCCCUUCUGUCUGAGGAGGAUUCAAACUCAAGUAACAAGCCUAAACAGGAACACCUUACUGGCUAAUGUGAUAGCUGCGUACACAAGGUUCUGUGCUCGGCCUCCUAAAGGUUUCGAAAAAUACUUUCCAAAUGGGAAAAAUGACAAGAAAGCAAAUGAUUCCAAAGUGGAGCCGAAAGAACGCAGGGAGCCUAGCAGUAAUGGAAAGCAUUCCUCGGGUGGAAAUGGGGACUCAGGAGGAGGUGGCAAUAAAGGUGGGAAGAAGGAGAAAGAAUGGUGGGCAAGGAUGUCUAAGGGGGAGAUUCCCUGGGAUGAUAAGGAAUUUCAAAUCUACAUGUAUACCUCUAUAAGUUUGUGGCUUCUGUUUUCUUACUUCAUCUUCAAGAAGCAACCAGUAGAGAUCACAUGGAAAGACUUUGUUAACAACUACCUAUCAGAAGGCAUGGUGGAUCGACUUCAAGUAGUGAAUAAACGUUAUGUAAAAGUUAUGCUCGCAACUAGCAAGACACCUUGGGAUGGGGGUUAUAUCUGGUUUAAUAUUGGCAGCGUGGACUCUUUUGAAAGGAAUUUAGAAACCGUACAGCAAGAGCUUGGAAUAGAACCAGAAAAUAGAGUACCUGUGCUAUACAGAAUUGAGGGUGAUGGAACCUUUCUUCUGAACAUGCUUCCAACUGUCCUUCUCCUCGGCAUCCUUUUCUAUUCCAUGAGAAAGGGGUCUGCUGGUGCAAGAGGAGGUCGAGGUAUGGGGGGGCUUUUCAGUGUCGGAGAGACGACUGCUAAAGUACUCAAGGAUGAAAUUGAUGUCAAGUUCAAGGAUGUGGCAGGAUGUGAGGAGGCAAAGCUUGAGAUUAUGGAAUUUGUAAAUUUCCUUAAAAAUCCAAAACAAUAUCAAGAUCUAGGGGCAAAAAUUCCAAAGGGUGCAAUUCUCACCGGUCCUCCUGGCACAGGGAAAACACUGUUGGCAAAAGCUACCGCUGGUGAGGCCAGUGUCCCGUUCAUUACAGUCAACGGCUCAGAAUUUCUUGAGAUGUUUGUUGGUGUAGGCCCAGCACGAGUAAGGGACUUGUUUAGCAUGGCCAGAAAACACGCUCCCUGCAUUCUCUUCAUAGAUGAAAUUGAUGCUGUUGGUCGGAAGAGAGGAAGAGGGAACUUUGGAGGACAAAACGAACAGGAAAACACACUGAAUCAGCUUUUGGUGGAAAUGGAUGGUUUUAAUACAUCCACCAAUGUAGUUGUGUUAGCAGGCACAAAUAGACCUGAUAUCUUGGAUCCAGCUUUAAUGCGACCGGGUCGCUUCGACAGGCAGAUAUAUAUAGGGCCACCUGAUAUAAAAGGUAGAGCAUCUAUAUUCAAGGUUCACCUGCGGCCUUUGAAGUUGGAUACUACUUUAGAUAAAGAAGCCCUCUCAAGGAAAAUGGCUGCUUUAACACCAGGAUUCUCAGGAGCGGAUAUAGCAAAUGUGUGUAAUGAAGCUGCUCUUAUAGCUGCCAGGCACCUUUCAGAUUCUAUAAACCCAAAGCACUUUGAGCAAGCCAUUGAGCGAGUAAUAGGAGGUUUGGAAAAAAAGACUCAGGUUCUCCAGCCGGAAGAAAAGAAGACUGUGGCUUAUCACGAGGCUGGGCAUGCUGUGGCAGGGUGGUAUCUGGAACAUGCAGAUCCUCUGUUAAAGGUUUCUAUCAUCCCACGAGGAAAGGGAUUAGGCUACGCGCAGUAUUUGCCUAGAGAGCAGUAUCUGUAUACAAAGGAGCAGCUGCUGGAUAGAAUGUGCAUGACACUGGGCGGUCGAGUCUCCGAGGAGAUAUUCUUUGGAAGGAUUACAACAGGAGCACAAGACGAUCUGAAAAAAGUGACACAGAGCGCCUAUGCACAGGUUGUCCAGUUUGGAAUGAGUGACAAAGUUGGCCAAGUUUCAUUUGACCUCCCUCGGCAAGGAGAAAUGGUGUUGGAGAAACCCUACAGCGAGGCAACCGCAAGAGUGAUCGAUGAUGAAGUCCGCAAACUUAUUAACUCUGCUUAUGAGAGAACUGUGACGCUCCUGACGGAGAAGAAAUUGGAUAUUGAAAAGAUUGCUCUCCGACUCUUAGAAAAGGAGGUGCUGAAUAAAAGUGAUAUGGUUGAACUAUUAGGCCAAAGACCAUUUGCAGAAAAAUCUACAUACGAGGAAUUUGUGGAAGGCACUGGUAGCUUGGAUGAGGACACAACACUUCCUGAGGGUCUGAAGGACUGGAACAGAGACCGAGAAAAGGAUAAAGAAGAACUGAAUGAUGAACAGACUUCCCGACACAUAAGCGGAGGAAUGCCAUUCUGAGCGGUUCUAUAACACAUUGAACAGAGCAAAUGCUGUUUUUGUUUUAAAGACUUGCAAGUGGACUUGCUUUUCACCAAAAAUGAGAACAUACACUUGUAUGUUAAAAACAGGAUUAUCAGGAUGUUUCCACACUCCUAAUAAAAGUCAU